AUUUCAGGGAGAUAUGGCAAUGCUGUGCAAGUUUUGUCAUUUGAUUUAAAUUACCCCUACGGCUACGUGUACCUACUUCCCCAACUUUUUAUUUCACGAAUAUUCUUGUAUUUGUGAAUUAUAGAUAAGUAAAGGUGUGAUAAAGAGGUUGAUUGAGACAAGUGGUAAGUAUGUAAACAGCUGUCAAAAUAAUUUAGGUAUAAAUGGCGACAGCAGAUGAGAAAGUUAACCGAAUCACAAUAAAUUGUGAGAGACAUAUAAAUGUUGUUGCUGCAAAAAAUGCUAAAGAUUCUGAUGGAAAAGUCUUAAAAGUUCCCUAUAUAAAUCCACCAUUAGUAAAUCUGCAGACCAAGAACAUACCAGCUGGAAGAACUGUUAAUCAUGUAGUAAAAAAAGGUGCUCAAGCUGACAAAGCUGGAAGACCAUUGGUGAGAAAAGGUGCUCCAGUGCAAGUUGACCUUCCAGAAAGUGCUGAACCUGUGUAUGGAGAACCAGAAAUGCAUUUUACUCUUCGUGUAGGUGAAGCUUUAGUGAAAGCUAGGAAUAAGAAACCUGAUCUUGCAAGAUUAGUAGAAGAUAAACUGCAAUCACCUACAACUGAAUCAAGAUACAAAAAGGAGGCUAGCAAAGGAGUUAGCAUACCAGCUACAAAGAAAGUGUUCUCUGAACUGGUUUCUGUAGAUGUAAGCGAACAAGAACUUGCUAAGCUGCUAGAUGAACAGCUUCAGUUGAAGGCUGCUGCUGUGCACCCUCCUCUACAAACUCAAGAUCCAGAGCCUCAGAUGAGUGAUUACUUUAACCCAGAGGAUUAUGUAACAAGAGCAAGGGUUACAAAUGCAAAACGGUACCGCCCAUUUAGUAGUGUUAAGCCUCAAACAGUCCAAAGAGAAGACUACCUCAAGCUAUGUGAUUAUUUUCUAAGUUCCUCUUUCAGAUGAUGAUUACAGAUUUUAUUCACAAUGGUUUUAAUUUUAUUACAGGCUGUGAAUAUAGUGUUAAGGCUAGAUAUGUGGUACAUAUAUUAAUUUUAGUCAAAGAUGUCCAGGAAAUUCAUUUAUUUCAGAUGUUUAUAUACAAAAACAAAGCCGUAUAUUAUAUGGACGUGAAUGUAAAAAAAUGAAAUUACUUUCGAGUAGCAUGGUGUCAUGGUUUUCAUUAGUGUGUUAGGUGUCUUAAGAGUGCUGGUAGCCAGUGAAGGAUUCUCAUCCAUGUAACUCAUGACAAAUGAAUAAUAGCUUUUAAAUGGGGUAGAGUUACAGGCUUUUAACUGGUCUUGGUUAUUUCUCAGUUUCUCGGUGUAAGAGGUAGUUCUAACAUUGUGACCUUGCUGCACUGAAGGUUCUUUGAUAUCUCCUUUUGGCCUCAAAGUGCAGUACUUUAUCCAUUAAAUCAGGUAUGUUCCAUGCAAAUCCAGACAACUAAUCAGAUUUAAUGGAUAGUAAGUUCCUUUGGAGUUGUCAGAGGGAUGCACUUUUAUAAGUGGAUGAUUUUUGUUGAAACUGAUUCAUAUUCUUGCUCCUUGGAUUCCAGACAGUAAAGUUUUUGUGGCAUUAGUACUCUCUUUCUUUGUAAUUAUGUAUUUUCUGUUUUUCAUGGUGAAGAGUUAUUUUUUAAUCUUUUUUUUGCGCAGUUGUAAUUUUUAUUUGGUCAUAGCCACUAAUAGUCGUGAGACAGUGUUUUGAGGGUCAUGUUGCCUUUAAGUAAAUAGUUAGAGUGGUGCAUAUCCAAGCAUAUAUUUGUAGUUGUGCCAAUGAAUCUGAGUCACAACUCCAUAUCUUAAAAUUUUGUUUUUUCAUGAUGGUAUUUUGUCAUUCAGUCUUUUCCUUUGUUUUUGAAAACAUCUGUAAGACCUUUUCCUACAGAAUUUAGCUUUUCUUUAUGCUCAUCUUUUGUGGGUUCUUCCAUUACCACCUGUGUACCAGACUUUUCUGACAUAAGUGCCCCUUUUUCAUUUUAGAUGUUCCUUCAUUGCCUAUCUAGUUACUUGUCUUGACUACUUACUUUUGCUGGGUAAUUUAUAAUGGUGAUUUUAUAAAGAUUGCCUAUGUGAUAUAGGUCCGUUACCAAACCAACUAACAUUUGUUAAUUAGAAAUAUUUUCCUUAACCUUUUAUCUGGCACCACCACCAGCUGUAUAUAGUACAGUACAUACUUUCUUUCUGAGCUUUUCAAAUUGCAGAAAAUUACCUUUUCCUUUACAUAUACGUAUUGCAUUUUAUAAUACGUAUACAUAUAUCUUUUGGUUUCUUCAUUGAAACAUUCAUGACUUCAGGAAAUGGGCAGAUAUAAAGUAAGAAAAUAUGUAAAAUAUGGUAUCCCGUUUACAUCCCAUAAUUUAAACUGAGCGUAUGGUAACUUGUGAUUUAUCUGUGUUGCAUUAUUCUAGAUAUGUAAUUAAGUGCUUUGCACUUCUGUAGUGGUUACUGUAGUGAAUUUUCACUUUAAAAUGGUCAUUGUAGAGAGUGAAUUCUAGGUCAUUUUGCCUAAGUAUUCUGUGGUGUCGACUUCUUUGGAAAAGAAACUUGAAAACUAUAGAGUUGUGGUUGACAAAUAAGACUAAGAAUCAUCCUGAGAGUAAUUCAUUUAUAUUUGUAAUAUAUUACUCACAGGACAAAUAUGUACUGCAGUAGAGAAAUUUCCAUACAAAGAAGCAUCUUUGAAAUCAAUAUAAAAUUUGAAAAAGAUGUUACUCUAUAUUACUCUAUUCGUGUAGAAUGAAAAUUUACUUAACUGUGUUUAUGUAGCCCAAACAUUUUCUCAGAACUUGCCAGUGCAAUUUACAUUACUUGAUAUUAGAUGUUCACAACAGCUCUACAAUGUAUGCUCUUAUGGUUGAGUUAAAAACAGGUAUUUGAAUAAAUUUGGGCACUCGCAAGAUGUGUAAGCAUAAUUGUUAAGAGACAUAAAAGAAAUAGUUAAUUUUGUUUUGAUAGUAACCACUCUCAUACUGGCAUAUAGUACCAAUAAUAGAACUUUAUAAGAUAGACUUCCACACUUGUAAUUCAGGUGUAAGAUCAUGUGCAGAUCAUGAAAGUAAUGUCUAAUAAUAAAGCUUAAAUUAUUCAUA